CUGAAGUCUCCGCUGACCCAAAAGGGGAGGGGGGCAGAGAGCGGCGCGGAUGCCGAGCGAGACUGCUGCGUCCGGCGGAGCGCAAGCGAGAGAUUGAGCGUUCGAUUGACUCUCUGGUUCGGAGGCGAGCGAGGAGAAGGGGAAAGGACGCGGGCGGGAGGAAAAAGACCAGGACAAGGAGGGAAGGAGGGCGGGCGGCUCAGGCAGGGCGGCCGGAGGAGCCGCGAUGUCGUCGUCGUCGUCGUCGUCGUCGUCUUCUUGUUCUCCCGCUUCCAAAGCGAAGGAGGUCUUCUCCUCGGACGAGGAGGGCCCCGCCGUCGUUGCGGUCGCCCCCGCCGCGGUUGCUGUUGCUGCCGCCGAGGAGCCCCCCAAAGUCAAGGUCUCCAGCCUGCCCUUCAGCGUGGAGGCGCUGAUGUCCCCCGACAGCAAGAAGCCCCCGCGGGAGCCCGCCUCCGGCCUGGAAGGCGCCGGCCUGGGCCCCUCGCGGACCCCGCUGCUCCUGCCCGCCCACGUUGCCGCCCGCGAGCCCCCCAGCAGCCCCGGCGCCGCCCGAGAGGCAGCCAAGCCCUUCGAGACCGCCGCCUCCGUCAAGUCCGAGACCUCCGAGGACGGCGGCUCGCCCUGGGUCCCCGAGGCCGGGCGCUACUCCCCUCCCCCGAGACACCUGAGCCCCACAGCUUGUACCUUGAGAAAACACAAGACCAACCGGAAGCCCCGGACGCCUUUCACCACCUCCCAGUUGCUGGCUUUGGAGCGCAAAUUCCGCCAGAAGCAAUACCUCUCCAUUGCGGAAAGGGCCGAGUUCUCAAGCUCACUGAACCUCACAGAGACCCAGGUCAAAAUCUGGUUCCAGAACCGGAGAGCCAAGGCAAAGAGACUGCAAGAGGCCGAGCUGGAGAAGUUAAAGAUGGCCGCUAAGCCUAUGCUGCCUUCGGGCUUUAGCCUCCCUUUCCCCAUCAACUCCCCGCUCCAGGCAGCCUCGCUUUAUGGGACAUCCUAUCCUUUUCACAGACCUGUGCUUCCCAUCCCUCCGGUAGGACUCUAUGCUACUCCCGUUGGAUACAGCAUGUACCACUUAUCCUAAGGAAGAAGAAGACCAGAGCGCAGCAGCAGCAGCAGCAAUGCGAUAAGGAACAUUCAGGCGGAUCUUGCACAAUUCAAGAAUGCAGCAGAGGACCAUUCCUGGGUGUUUUUUCCUGCAUGCUUGUAUGUGCCUUACCAAGUAUAUAGAAGUUUGACCGCAGAGCCUGUAUUCUGCAGGUUGGGGAACCAGCGAGUGUGAGCUCAACACUCGGAAGCUGACCCUGAAAAAGAGGUGGUGUUUUGUUUGUUUUCAAAAAAACAUACAUGUUUAAAAUACUAUAGUUUUUGUAUAUGGGAUGGGGGAGAAGGAAUCAAUCAUUAAAUCAUGUGUUUCCACAGCAUAUAAAUAUAUAUAUAUGUAUGUACACUUUCCCCUAUGAUGAUGUCCCCAGUUUAAAGUGAAUUAUUCACUUUCUGAGGUGAAAAGUUUGCCACCUGUGCCUUUCCAUGUUUACUCAGAAGUAAGCCCCACUUUGUGGAGUGGGGCUCACUCUCAAUUUCGUGUGUGCAUGUGUGAAUAGAUAGGAAGGCAGGAUGAAAUGUGUUCUUCCAGGGGGGGAAACAUAGGUGUAUAGGCAAGUUUUAUUUAUGAAACAGAUUUAGCAAUAAAGGGGGACUUCAAUGGAGGCUAACUGACAGGCAGACUCAGGGCCCUUCCACACAGCCCUAUAUCCCAGAAUAUCAAGGCAGAAAUUUUCACAUUAUCUGAGUGUGGGCACAGAUAACACAGUUCAAUGCAGAUAUUGUGGCCUCCAUAUUCUGGGAUAUAGGGCUGUGUGGAAGAGUCCGAAAUCAGUCCCUGCUUUACCCCACUUAGUUCUCCACUGAACUGCAGUCCUUCAACCAAGAUGUCUCAAAUGCAAAAAGCUGGAAACAGAUGAGGGAAUUGCAUUGGUCUGAUCCAAACAGGCAAGUGUUACCUUUCUACAAUGUGUGUCUUCCAAACUGCUGUCUUCCAAUAUUUGUGAUCAAUGAGAUUCAUAAAACGGGAUUGACUCAGAACCAGUGUCUUUAAGGCUACCAUUCUGAGGAAUCCCACCAAUAAUACUUGAUUUAUUUGAAUGGAAAUGGAGGGGGGGGGGGGCUAGGAAAGAGACAUGAAGAAAAGCACUGUUUUCAGUGUGUGUACCUUAAUAGGCAGAGAGACUAUCAAAACCCUGUUGCAGAUUUGUGACUUUUAUUGCAAUAAUCUGUGUUUAAACCAUUACUAGCUUGUUCCAAAUUAAUUUUUCAUGGGAGUUUUAGAGAAUCACUCAUAGCUCUAGGAAACCGAACUGAACCAAGCUAUAGGAAACAAGAGAAUGCCAUCUUUGCUAAAGACAGAGCCAUCAUAUCCCUCCCCCCCCUUUUAAUAUUUUGGAGAAGGAAGGGAGGGAGGGAGGGCCAACAUCUGUUAAGUGUACUUGGCAUUCUGUAAGCCACUGUUCGAAUUAUUUUAUUUUUUUAAUUAUUAUUAUUGCUAAACUGUGUGGGGAAUUGUCUCUAGAGGAUGCAGGUUGCUGAAGACAGGACUUUCCUAAGAUGUAUUUCAGCAUGUUAUGAAAAAGAUAAGAGACUCGGAUUUGUUUUCUGUUUGACCCGCUCCUGGUUGUGUUGUGCCCAUUAGUUGCCCAUUAGUCGACUUCUGCCCCUUUCCCCCCAGCAUAUUAAAAUCCCUUUGAAAGGGAUGCCUUGUACAAUUUUAUAUAUUUUAUUGAAGAUUUAUUAUUUCUUACCUCUUAUUUAGAAUUAAAUUAAAAACUUGUUUAAUCAUG